AUGGCGCCGUCAGCCACCGCGACAGUGACAGCGACGAGCGAGCUGUCGCAACAGCUGCUGUCCAAGGCACCACCAUCGAAUACACCGACGUUCUCCUUCACGCCUUUCCUCCAACGAACCUACCUCCACAGCCUUCCCACCGAUCGCCCAGUAUGUAAAGCCUACAUCAACGGCCACUGCCCCCUCGGAACCCGUUGCUCUGAGCGCCACGUCUCCGUCCCCAACAGCGGCGGCAAGCAAGACGGUGGACACCCUUUCAACUCGCUCGUCUGCAAGCACUGGCUGCGUGGCCUAUGUAAAAAGGGAGAGAGCUGCGAGUUCCUGCACGAGUUCAACCUGCGGAAGAUGCCCGAGUGCAACUUCUUCCUGCGCAACGGCUUCUGCUCCAACGGUGACGAGUGUCUAUACCUGCAUAUCGACCCUCAGAGCAAGCUGCCGCCCUGCCCACACUACGAUCAAGGCUUCUGCCCGCUAGGGCCCAGGUGCGCCAAGAAACAUGUCCGCAAGAAGAUGUGCCCUUCCUAUCUCGCUGGUUUCUGCCCGGAUGGGCCAGAGUGCAAGGAGGGCGCACAUCCAAAGUGGAAGACAGGCUUGGAAAAGCCCAGUGUCAAGGUUGAGAAGAAGGAUGACGACGAGUCUUUCCCGGGAAAGAGGGAACACGCUGACGACGAGGACGAGGGCUCGAUCAGGGAAUUCGGAGACAGACACCGCGACCGGGAUAGGGACAGGGAUAGGGAUCGUGGUUUCGAGCGUGGAGGUCACCAGGGCAGAUUUGGUGGCAGAGGUGGGAAAUGGAGGGGACGGGGAAGGGGCCGGGGAAGGCAUUAG